UUUUUGGAAACCCAACUCGACUUCCGUCAAGCUGUUUAAGGACCCCAGGAUGUCCAUGCUUGCUGAACCCAAGAGGAAACAAAAGUGGUCUGUGGACCCCAGGAACAGCGCCUGGAGCAAGGAUGACUCCAAGUUUGGCCAAAAGAUGCUGGAGCGUAUGGGGUGGUCAAAGGGCAAGGGCCUUGGAAGAAGUGAGCAAGGCUCCACUGACCACAUCAAAGUGAAAGUUAAAAACAAUAACUAUGGUCUUGGAACUAGUGCCAGCUAUGAGGAUAACUGGAUUGCCCACCAAGAUGAUUUCAAUGAGCUCCUCGCUCAGCUGAACAACUGCCAUGGUCAAAACAACACCACUGUUAAAGAGCUGCCAUCAGAGGAGCAGAAAGGAUUCAGCCUGGAAGCAAAGUCCAAAACAUCCAAAAAGAGGGUCCAUUACAUGAAGUUCACUAAAGGAAAGGAUCUGUCCUCCCGUACAGAAACAGACCUUAACUGUAUCUUUGGGAAGAGAGGAAGAUCUGCCAAAGAACAAGAGCAGGAGAACAGCAGUGAUUCUCAGAGCGAGACAGAGAAGACAGUCACUCUUGCUCCUUCUGAACUGGAUACGGAGUCCAUCACCAAGACCUUGACCAGCACCCUCACCAUGCAGGAGUACUUUGCUCAGAGAAUGGCUCAGCUGAAAAAGGCUCGAGGACAGGCCCAGAAUACAGAACCUUUAGAAACUGAAGAGGCUAACGAAACGUCAAGUCCUUCUGAUGAACCAGAUCCCAUCCUGGCCAGCAAUGAUGACUCAGAAGAGCCCAAGAAGAAGAAGAAGAAGAAGAAGAAGAAGAAGAGCAAAAAGUCAUCGGAUGAGUUGGAGGUGGAGGUAGAAAACGUUUUGACUCCCAUCGUUAUAGAAGACGAUGAGGACCAGGAGCAUCCAGUGAAAAGGAAGAAGAGCAAAAAGUCAUCGGAUGAGUUGGAGGUGGAGGUAGAAAACGUUUUGUCUCCCAUCGUUAUAGAAGACGAUGAGGACCAAGAGCAGGAGCAUCCAGUGAAAAGGAAGAAGAGGAAAUUGGUAGAAAGCGAAGAAGCUAAAAAUGAGACCUGUAGUGCCCCAUCUCUUGUAGAACAGAACUGUGAGGAGCUGCCUCUGGCCAAGAAGAAGAAAAAGCAUCAAAAACACAGUAAAGAUAGUGAGCUAACAAACGGACACGCACAAACUGAGGAUGAACCUGUAGAGUCUGUCACUGUUCACAAAAAGAAGAAGAAACACAGAGAGGACGUGGACAGUGUAGUAAUAGAAAACAACGAGGAGCUUGUAGAGAAGAAAUCCAAAAAGGACAAGAAAAAGAAAAAGAAACAUCAAGAAUAGGAGGAUAAUAAUAAGUCGGCAGUUUCACCAGUCCUUCAGGCUUCAGACAAAUAACUCAUCUUCAUGGAGUUAUUGGCUUUAAUAUCAAAAUAAAAGGUCUCAUGUAUAUAAUAGUUAAUUCAUAUGCUACAGUGAGGAGAAAAGGGAGGUCAGACAUUUGAUUACAUAAAAACUUGAAUCUAUCCUGUGAAGUUGUUGUUUUGGUAGUACGGCGAGAAAGGUAAUAUUCAAAAUGUAUUCUUCAUGUUAACAUGGUGAACAAAGGUUUUGAUGAUAAGUCCUUGAUUGGUUGAUUUGGUCAUGGGGAGUGAAUGGUUACAGUAAAAUAGAUUCUUUGAUUUAUGUUCAGUACAACCACAAGUAAUUGUGUCCUCUUGGAUGCAACACUGUUGCACUGUAUUAUAAAAUACCUGGACCUAAAGAGUUUGACAUUUCCUGUAUUACUCAGAGUUAUAUGAGAAGAUCAAUCCUACUCAGAUGUCUGAACCGUUAAUAUGAAGUUCAGACAUAGUACAUAACUUUCCACUGGAAAGAAAAAAAAUCAUUUUAAUAACUGUUUAAUGUUCAGAUAAAAAACAAAACCUAAUGUAAUAAUCAGAGCUAAGUCUGAAGUCUUCCAGUAUCCAGGUUACAUGCUAAGCUAAAUGUACCAGCUGCUGGUUGCUGGCUUCAAACUCUGCAUACAUACGAGAGGUUUUGAUCGAACAUUCAACUCAACGCCAGACUCCAUGUACUUUCAACCUGUUAGAUACUUUACUUUCCCUCGUUGUGACUCCAAAGUGUCUAAAUGUAUAAAUGUAUUAAAGAUGUCAUCAAAAGAUGACAUUUAUCUUUAAAUGAUCCUGUUUAUCCAUCAAGUUUUCAGCUGGCUGAAUGAGAGCCGGCAUGUGUCUGUCAUAUAACUUCAUUGCUUAAUUGGCACAAAUUGCUAAAUUCUUAAAUACUAAAAAACAAUCAAGUAAAUCUUUUUUAUGUAUUGCAGUUUCUUUCCAAACAUGUUUCCCAUCACAAUCAUGCAUCAGCAUUCUGUUUAUUUAAACCAGAUAUUUUACUUUUAUUAAUGCAUCAAAGUAACUCCAUGUCAAUUUUGAUUGGCUGAAAAAAGACGCUCAGAAAAUGUGUCUUCUCUUCCAUGAUGUGUGUCUCGACAAAACUGAACAGAAGCAAUUUGAUGGUUGGCAUAUAAUCUGAAAUAAGAUGACAUCUGUAUGAGCUGUAGGAUAACAAAUGUUGACAAUUUAACGGAUGCAAAAACAUUUUUUAAAUAAAUCAGAUAGUGUUGCAGGAA